AUGCCAGUUUCAGAACAUCCGCUGGUAACCCAGGCUACCUUUCCCGCUGCCAGUAACACCCAGUGGGCUCAGGAUGGCACAGCCCAAAUCUCUAGCCAGCUCAAAAGCGGCUACAACCACACCGUGUCGGCCAUGUGGCAAGCGGAACGGCAACUGCAUAAGUCCAUGUUUAUCUAUCCGGUUUUCUUGUCAGUCGAUCCAGACAUGGAAGAGCCUAUCCCGGGUCUCCCUGGCCAGUACAUACGAGGACCAAACAAGCUGCUCCCUUUUCUAUCCACUCUAGUGGCGAAGGGCCUCCACUCGGUUAUUCUGUUCGGGACAUUGCUCAGCAGCCACACGAAAGACAAUAUUGGCUCCAUGGCAGACAGCACCAGUGGUCCCAUCAGACCCGCAAUUCCGCUUAUCCGACAGAGCUUUCCCGACCUAUAUGUCAUCGCCGAUGUCAGUCUCUGCGAGUACACGGACCACGGACAUAGCUCCGUCCUUUUCAAAGACGGCACGGUUGACAACGAGGCAACUAUCACGCGUGUCUCCGAUAUGGCGCUAUCUUUCGCUCAUGCCGGCGCUAAUUGCGUCGCUCCAUCAGAUAUGAGCGACGGUCGUAUCCGUGCGAUCAAGCUCAAGCUCCUUGAGGCCCAGCUCGAAAGUAAAGUCGCUAUUAUGCCAUAUUCCGCAAAAUACGCCAGCUGUCUCUACGGGCCUUUCCGCGAGGCUGUCUCGUCCAAACUUGUCACCGACGAGCACAAGCGCUAUCUAUUGCCGCCUCCUGCACGUAAACUCGCCCACAAAGUCAUACUCCGCGACAUGCACGAGGGCGCCGAUAUGAUCAUUGUCAAGCCGGCUUAUGCAGAUAUCAUCAGCGACGCCAAGAGCAUGGCUAACGUGCCGGUCGCUGCCAUGCAGGUAUCUGGCGAAUUCGCCAUGCUUCACGCAGCUGCCCGUGCUGGUGUAUUUGACCUGAAGACCAUUGCUUUUGAAACGACAGAGGUCAUCGUCCGCGCUGGUGCCGAUGCCAUUCUUAGCUAUUUUACUCCAGAGUUUCUCGAUUGGUUGAGCUGA